AUGUCCUACGGCAAGUCGCUUGCUUUGAGCCAGAAUGCCUUUGUUCAGCCCCCGGAGGAGACCGAUGUGGAGGAUGACAACCGGUCGCCUUCGUCGAAACGGCGGCAGGCUAAUGUGUACGAUGCUGUUUCUGGACGCGUCAGUUUCCAUGGUUUCCUAGGGUCCACCCCCCACGCCUCGAAAUACCGAGACACCUUUUCCUCGACCAGUCUGGCGGUGCGUCCUGAAGAAGUUCUCUUUCGACGACACCAGGCUCCCACUCGCUAUGAGGAGAACGAUUUUUAUUUCGCACAUGAGUCCCUACCGUCUGAGAAGACGCUGCCCAGUUCCGACCUUCUCGAGGCUGUCCAUGCGUACGCGGCCGAUUUCUACGAAUACGCCACUAUUGACCAUGGGCGUGAUGAUCAUCACAGCAUGGACGAGACAGCCUUGAUUGCGACGGGCAUCUUGCUUGAGGAACUGGCUAAGGAAUCCCUCGGCAAAACGGGCGAUCUGGUCUUGGUGGAGGGGGAGGAGGAGGAAGAAGAAGAUGCUUCCGACGGUAUCCCAAGCAGAAGGAGAAUAGCCCCCAAAGGUGGUAGGAAAAGAGCGAACACUGGGCUGAGCGGGGUAACGACCACUUCGGGCGAUGAUCUAGCUGGUGUGAGGAAGAAGAUCAAGAAGCGCAGAUUGACGCCCAAGGCGUCGAUGACUGAUCUCGAUACAGAGAUGGCCUAG